AUGGAAGAAAUUAAACUAUGGUAUCUAUAUUGCCUCCUUGAUCGAAAACCAACUUCAGAGACCAGAUUGGAGUACCUUGUGGAACUAAUUAGAAGUAUAGAACAACAUUGUCGUGAUUGCUAUGGUGAAAAAAUUGAUAUGAGUAGUGAAAAGUUUGUAGAAAUGAUGGUGGUUGAUGGUUGCUUUAUUAUAGAACUCUUUCGCAAGUAUGCGAGAGUGGUGCCUAGUAACAAAGAUGAUCCUGUGUUCUAUACGUUAUGGAUGCACUCGGCACUUAUAAAUGACUUGUUUCUACUCGAAAACCAGCUUCCUUGGAAGGUUCUUGACUGUUUAUUCCACCACACGAGGGAAAAUAAUGACAAACCACCGGCCUAUUCUCUGUCUCAUCUUGCUCUCAACUUCUUUAGGAAUUCCACAUUCUUACAGUCUACACAGCUUUACGGAAAAUCAGGAAGUAAACAUUUACUUCACAUCAUACGACACUCUUUACUUGGCUCAUAUACGCAAUUACAAUUAACGUUUAAAAGUUAUUGGGAACCAAUUCCUUCUGUAACAGAACUUCUACAAGCUGGAGUCCAAUUCAAAAUCAGAAACACCGGUGACAACAUGCUUGAUAUAACCUUCGAGAAUGGAGUGUUGGAAAUUCCACCAGUAAACAUCCAAGAGAAUGGAGAGUCUCUCUUCAGAAACCUCAUAGCUUACGAGCAGUGUAAUCCAAGCAUCUCGAUUUCUAACAUUACCUCUUACGCUGUGGUGUUGGAUAACCUUAUCAAUUCUAGCAAAGAUGUAGACUUUCUCAUUCAGAAAGGAAUUAUAACUACAGUACUGAGCAAGGAGGACAUAGCCUGUUUCUUCACUAGGCUUUACAAUGACACUAUUCCUGGCUAUUUCUCUUACGCAGAACUCACCAAGAAUGUGAAUGCAUUCUAUCAGGACCGGUGGAACAGAUGGCAAACAAUUCUCAGGCGUGAUUAUUUUAACAAUCCGUGGUCAAUCUUGUCGUUUGCUGCUGCUCUCAUGAUCCUAGGCAUGACCUUCAUUCAAACCAUAUAUACUGUUCUGGCUUACUACUAG